AGCAAAACCGGCUUGCAAGUUUGUAUUAAAACGUUUGGUCGAUAUUUUAAAUAUAUUUCGUUGAUUCUGAAGAAGUCUGAGUUACAAUAUGAGCGGAGACUGUAAACAAACGGAGCAAUUCGAUUCUCUUUUUCUUACAAUCGCGCAACAUCAUCCAGAGGGACCGCACCAGCUUCUCGAUACAUUUGUAAGCUUUUUGGGGCGUAAAACUGAUUUUUUUACCGGGGGAAAUGAAGGCGAUUGGGAAAAGCUUGUGAUGAAUACUUUCAAGAAACAUGAAAAAAUCAGUCGCUCCAACCAUGAGGCCGAAAUCAGAGAAAGAAAGGAGAAAGAAGCCGCCAAAAAAGCUAAACAGGUGACCGCACAAGCGGCGCAGCCCGCCCAAAUUACAGAACUUACAGAGGAAGAAGCUGAAAAAUUGCAAAAGGAAAUCGACAAAGACAAAGGAGUUCCGUCAUCUAGUAGCAGCAGCAGCAUUUCUACAGCCGAAAAGUCUUCUAUAUCUGAGAAAAUCGAUGAGGACGAGGAUGAGUCGGAGAAAGGCAAACUUAAGCCCAAUAAAGGGAAUGGGUGUGAUUUGGAGAAGUACAAAUGGACUCAGACCUUACAGGAUAUUGAGGUUCAUGCAUAG